UGGAUCUGCCCAACAGGAUUUCCCACUGUGCAUUUUCCUUCCCAAAGCCCUAACCGGAGAAUGAGGAGCGGUUAUAGUGCGGCGCGGACAACCUGAUCCUGACGAGAAACCAUUGUCGACCUGUUUACCCAUUCAUCUGUCAAUGGCCGACACAGUUGACGAGGUAGUCCAUAAGGUCUCCGAGCUCUCCGUUGAUCCCAUGGCGGCAGAUCAGCCGAGCAAGAACGCUCUGAAAAGGGAGUUGAAGAAGAAACAAAAGGAAGAUGAGAAGCGCCUUAAGGAAGAAGAAAAGAAGAAGAAAGUUGCUGCCACACAAAAUUCUCUGUCGCACAAGGAUUGUGCGGUCGAAGAUGAUGAUAUGGACCCGACGCAAUAUUAUGAGAACAGGCACAAAUACCUUGCAUCUCAGAAGAUUGCCGGGGUAAACCCAUACCCCCAUAAGUUUCAAGCUUCAAUAUCUGUUGAAGAAUACAUUCAGAAGUAUACAAGUCUCAAUCAAGGGGAGCAUCUCAAAGAUGUAGAAGUUAACUUGGCAGGGAGAAUUAUGAAUAAGAGGACUUCUUCAUCCAAGCUUUACUUCUAUGACUUAUAUGGCGUUGUUGCCAAAGUGCAAAUCAUGGCUGAUGCUAGGGAUUCAGACUUGAAUGAAGUUGAAUUUUCUAGACUACACGGUGUUGUGAAACGCGGUGAUAUUGUUGGUAUCUGUGGCUACCCAGGGAAGAGUAAAAGAGGGGAGCUUAGUGUAUUUCCUAAAACAUUUGUUGUCCUUUCUCAUUGUCUUCAUAUGAUGCCACGGCAAAAAGCUGCUCCUGGUGUUGAUAAUCCUUCUAGUAAGAAACAUGAAGGAAUAUUGGGAUCUAAAUGGGUUCCAGGAUUGCCCAGGAAUCCUGAAACAUAUGUUCUCAAGGACCAGGAAACUCGUUAUCGUCAACGUUAUCUAGAUUUGAUGUUGAACCAUGAGGUUAGAGAAAUAUUCAAGACAAGAGCCUGGAUCAUUUCAUACAUUCGGAGAUUCCUCGACAACUUGGACUUUUUGGAGGUAGAGACACCCAUGAUGAACAUGAUUGCUGGUGGUGCAGCUGCUAAGCCUUUUGUCACUCAUCACAAUGAGUUGAACAUGAAAUUGUACAUGAGAAUUGCCCCUGAAUUAUACCUCAAGGAACUUAUUGUUGGUGGGCUUGAUCGUGUCUAUGAGAUUGGAAAGCAAUUCAGGAAUGAGGGAAUUGACUUGACUCAUAAUCCAGAAUUUACGACUUGUGAAUUUUAUAUGGCUUAUGCAGAUUACAAUGAUUUGAUGGUCUUGACAGAGCAGAUGUUAUCUGGAAUGGUGAAAGAAUUGACCGGUGGAUAUAAAAUAAAAUUUCAUGCUGAUGGAGUGGAUAAGGAGCCGAUUGAGAUUGAUUUUACUCCGCCCUUCAGACGGAUUGACAUGAUUGAAGAACUGGAAAGAAUGGCAAACUUGGAUAUACCCAAAGAUCUUUCUAGUGAGGCUGCAAAUAAGUACCUUGUUGACGCAUGUGCAAAGUUUAAUGUUGCAUGCCCUCCUCCUCUGACAACUUCAAGGCUGCUGGACAAGGUUAAUGGCUUACUCCUUGUUUUCUCUUAAUUUCAAUAGUCAGAA